AUGGCGACUGCAUGCAAGAUUCAUCUCGAGGCUUCACAAAAGCCUCAGUUCUACGUCGAAGGAUUGACUUCUGAGAGUGCCGAGAAGGCGAGUCAGCUGCUCCAGGCCAACCAUGACCAGUAUCAUACUUUUUUCAACCAGAGUGGAUUUCACAACCACAUCACCCACCACCUGCUCACGCUGUUCGCCCUCAACGCCUCUCCUGAAGAGCUCCAGAAAGCCUACGAUGCAAACGCGUCCGUAAACGACAUGCACGACCCAGAGCGCUUCAAAUCAUACCUCGGCAAGGAAAAAUACUAUCACGACUUUCUCGUCUACUUCCAGCAGGAAAUCGACAAGAAGGGGUGGCAAGCCACGCUGCACGAGUAUGUAUUUUGCCAGACGCCGCGCGCAGACGACAUGCUCGUGCGCAUGUUUUCGGGGGUCCUCCAUCCAAUUAUCCAUUUAGGCUUUGGUAUCGAGUUCCAGCAACCAGCCAUUAUCGCCGAAGCGCUCGCGCAAGCCGCUGUGCACAACAACUGGAUCACAUCGCUAUUUCUAGAGUGCGAGAAAGCAGCCCGUGAGCAUCGAGGCAAAAAGGCAUCGUCUCCCUCGAUUGUGGAAAUCCUUGAGCAGUGCCGGAACAACGACACGCUGAGGAACUCGGUCAAGUAUGAAGAUGUGGAUAAAUUGCGCCAUGGGGUUUUGAAGCGAGCGCCGCAAGAGAUGAUUCGCCAUGCGGCUCAAUAUACGAUUGAUGAGGAGGACGAUAUUGAGAAGAAGACGGCUGAGAUGAUUAACGCCAGUAUCUACUUCACAGCCGCAGCGCAGCACCCGCCUCACUCGGUCAAAUUCGACUUUUUCUUCAUGCACAGCGUCACCAGCAGCAUCUUCUUCUCGGCGUUCCUAGCGCCGUCGUCGUCACUGGCACCCGGCGUGCAGCGGCGGAUGCUGGAAUGGAAAGUAUGGCACGACGUGAGCCUUGACGAUGACGACGACAAGAUGCAUGCGGUGAUUGCGCGCGCCCGCACGCUCGACGACGACGGCCAUGCCAGCAAACUGGUGCGCGCGCUCGCGCACGCCAGCUCCACAUGUGCGCCGUGGGACGCGCAGCCCGGGUUCGCGGUAAAGGGGCGGUGGUGCAGCGCCAUUGCCAGCAUGGCGUUGCACAGCGUCCAGGCCGGCGACGCGCGCUGGCUCAGGAGUUGCGGCUUCGACCAGGCGUGGGGCCAGGUGCCCGUGCGAGAGGGGGGUGAGGGUCAAGCGGCUGCGAAGCUUUGA